AUGGAACCCGACCACACAUCCACCAACCCUUCUCGAAGCACAGUCAAGGACAGUGACAGUGGUAAUCAGCAAGAGUCAAUUUACAACAUUUUACUCAAACGUACUCCCAUCGCUGCCUCAACCACAAACUUAGCAUGUGAUUCACUUUCAUUCGUGGUCAGCUCAUUACAAGCUCCCACAGAUGUGACUGAGGCAAUCCAAAGUAUCAAAACCCCUACUCGGAAACUUUUGGACUUACCUCUACACUUAAGAGACACCAAUACCUUCUGGUCGGCAGAACUUGAAUACUUCCUUCCUGGAUGGUCAGAACCAGCACCUGGUUCCACAAUUGAUCGUGCCUUAGAGGCUGAAGCUUUCGAGGCUGAUGAUUAUCAAUCUGUUGGUUUCCUUAAUACUCCCUCUUCAGUAUACACCAACACUCGAACAAUUCAAGAUUGGUUGAACGAUAAAUGGGUCGAGGAAAAUAUCAAGAAAGAAGAGGAUUAUACUCAUGUCACAUGGGUAGACAAAGAUAUUCAUGAAAUGAACAGUCGUCUUUUAUCUCGAGCUGACAGGAAUUUGAAGGCUAUACGAACAGCUUGGGAACCUCCUCAUCUACUACGUCAUCUUCCACCCGAUUUUGAACAAGCGGUCAUGUUGGACGCAGAAGCUGUGUACGAUGGUGCUGAAUGGUAUUCCAUCGUCAAUACUUUGAAAUCUGAGAAUGAUCAUCAGAGGAAGGCUAUUGAAGCGCUAAACUCACGUUUGAAGUCAAUCACAGGUGUUUCGAAGCGAGAACAUGAUGAUUAUCAGAUUUCGUGA